AACAGAGAGGUUCUCAUCACAGAGCAGCGAUAGUCUUAUCCCACAGCAGAGCUUAACAUCAGGGGAAGACAGACAGAGGAAACCUUUACAGAGAAUCACAAACAGACAUCAUCUACAUUUCACACAUUUCUCUUCUGUUCUCUGGAAGACAUCUUCACUCAGUGUUAGUCCAGACACCUCCGUACAGCUCAGGUUAUCAGUGACCUAUCAUGGGGUCUACCAUGGACAGUGCCAAGAUCCUCUUCUCUGUUCUGUUCCUCUACGUCUGCUACCAGGGGACUCAGGGCCAGAUGGUGAUGGACUGCUGUCUGGAGGUCAAUAAAAAAGAGAUCCCACCACGCAUUGUCACGGGUUACCAGCCUCAGGUUAGGGGUCAAGGCUGCUCCAUUGACGCCAUAGUCUUCAACACCAAAAAGGGACGUAAGCUGUGUGCCCCUACUGGCCCUGCCUGGGUUACUAACCUGAUGAAACACAUGGACAAGCUGAUCAAGAUGUGCCACGACACCAACUUCAAGGGUAAACACUGUAAGAAGAUGAAGCCCAAGCAUUCCUAAAGUCCUAAUUGGACCCCCUCCUUCCACCCUCACCACCACCACUACCACCUCCACCCCCCCCCCUUCUCCUGGUCCAUAGAACAAUGAAAGGACAUUCCAAGUGUGUGUGUGGGGGGGGGGGGGGUGACAAUAAAUAAUGAAUGGAAAAAUGUGAUUCCUCUUACCACUAGUGCACUUUUUCAGUUUCCUUCCAUCUUCAGUUUUUACCCAGCAUGCCAUGUUGUUUCCUUCCGUCUUCAGUUUUUACUUAUUGAGACCAUGUUGUUUCUUCUGUCAGUUUUUACCCAGUAGACCAUGUUGUUUCCUUCUGUCUUCAGUUUUUACCCAGUAGACCAUGUUGUUUCUUCUGUCAGUUUUUACCCAGUAGACCAUGUUGUUUCCUUCUGUCAGUUUUUACCCAGCAUGCCAUGUUGUUUCCUUCUGUCUUCAGUUUUUACCCAGUAGACCAUGUUGUUUCUUCUGUCAGUUUUUACCCAGUAGACCAUGUUUCUUCUGUCAGUUUUUACCCAGUAGACCAUGUUUCUUCUGUCAGUUUUUACCCAGUAGACCAUGUUGUUUCCGUCUGUCUUCAGUUUUUACCCAGUAGACCAUGUUUCUUCUGUCAGUUUUUACCCAGUAGACCAUGUUGUUUCCUUCUGUCAGUUUUUACCCAGUAGACCAUGUUUCCUUCUGUCAGUUUUUACCCAGUAGACCAUGUUUCUUCUGUCAGUUUUUACCCAGUAGACCAUGUUUCCUUCUGUCAGUUUUUACCCAGUAGACCAUGUUUCUUCUGUCAGUUUUUACCCAGUAGACCAUGUUGUUUCCUUCUGUCAGUUUUUACCCAGUAGACCAUGUUGUUUCCUUCCGUUUUCCGUUUUUACCCAGUAGACCAUGUUGUUUCUUCUGUCUUCAGUUUAUACCCAGCAUGCCAUGUUGUUUCUUCUGUCAGUUUUAACCCAGCAUGCCAUGUUGUUUCUCAGUGGCACAUUCAUGUACUAAAUCUUUUUUUUUAUGUAACAAAAUUAUAAAUAACAUUCCAGAAAGAGUAAAUUAGCUUUGACCCCACAUGGGAACCGUAAAGCUACAGUCUGGGAUUUGAAAAGUAAUUAAACUAUUUUAUUAACAUGUAUUUAAUCAGGGGAGCCCCAUUGAGACCAGGGACUCAUUUUCAAUGUUGCCUUUAGAUCACAAAGCUAUAACACUGUGUUUAGCUAGGUGAUAUGUGAAAUACCUAUCCAGGCAUGGUAAGGUUUCAGCAACGCCUGGGCUGAGGAGAGUGCCCUAUAGCUUUAAGGUCAUAAGUCAGGGGUUAAAGGUCAGGGUUCAAACACCCAUAUUUAAAUUAAACUCAGAGACAAUCAAAAAUGUGCUACCUUUUUGUGAAGUUUGCAUUUAAUAAAUGAAUAUAUAUUUGUCAUUGAUCUUUGUAAUAAUGACUGUCAAAUCAAGAUUUUGAGUGAACUUGAAUUCCUUUUUGAAUUAAAUGAGACCUUUAAUGACUAAACUCAAAAAGGUAAAAUAUUGUAGUUAAUUGAUACCUUGCUAUUGUCUAUUUUGAAGGAUACAAAUGUGAGUACACAUGAAACAGUGAGUAGAUGAAAUUAAAGGAACCGUAAAGUGA